CCGCACUCCAGGGACCAGUGGAGGCACCGGCCCAAAGCCCCUUUUAAUAGCGAGCGGCUUGGCGUGCCGAGUCCUCUCCUAAAACCCUAGCUCCACCACCCACCUAAACCCGCGAACUCACCAAGGCGGCGGCGGCGGCGGCGACAGCAGCAGCGGCGAUGGGGAGCGACACGGAGACGGAGAAGAAGAAGACCCCGGUGGCGCUGGCGCCCAUCGCCAAGCCGCUCGCCGGCAAGAAGCUCUCCAAGAAAACCCUCAAGCUCGUUCGCCGAGCCUCGGAGGCCAAGUGCCUGAAGCGCGGGGUCAAGGAGGUGGUCAAGAGCAUCCGCCGUGGGAGCAAAGGGUUGUGUGUAAUUGCCGGAAACAUCUCUCCUAUCGAUGUGAUUACACAUCUUCCCAUACUUUGUGAGGAAGCUAAUGUCCCAUACAUAUAUGUGACCUCAAAAGAGGAGCUUGCGACUGCGGGGACAACCAAGAGGCCCACCUGCUGCGUGUUGGUGAUGACCAAGCCAGCCAAGGGGGAGAUCACUGAAGAGGUGAAGGAGAAACUGGAAUCGGAAUACAAGCAGGUUGUAACUGAAGUCGCUGAGGUUACAUCUUCUAUGUUCUGAGAACAUUUCCAUAGCCGCGUGGAGAACCAUGAACAUCUUUCUGUCUAUUAUGUAGCAUGAUUUUGUCACCCUAUCCUUGCUAGUGAUCGACGUGUUUAUCAUGGAGCUUUAAGCAUCUCGAGUCUGGUACUGCGCUGUUCGGUUGGCCAUUAGAUAAACAAAAUAGUGCAUUGUUAACUAAUAUGGGUGAGGAAAUCAUUAUCGUUGAUGUUGCA